AUGAGGGUAUAUCUAAGCCGACAUGCGGAAUGUGAUCACAAUGUGGGCCAGACAGCCGGCGAUGCCGACCACUCCGGCCUAACCGAGCUCGGUCAGACACAGGCUCAGCUACUGGCGCGGCAUUUCCGCGACAAUGAUGUCCAGUUCACAGCCGUGUUCUCUUCGGACCUGGAUCGCGCGACCGAUACCGCGAGAAUCCUCUGCGCACAGCAGCUAGGUACUGGUCCGGCUAUGGAGCCCGUUCAGACGGAGAUGCUGCAGGAACAGUUCAUCGGGACUAAAAUAGCAACUAACUCGUCGACGAGACGCGGCGCUGCAGCAGGGGGUGCAUCAGAUGAAGGAUCUUCCCAACCCUCAGAAGAAUCGAUGUCCUCCAUGCGCGCACGGGCGAAUGGUUUUCUGCGUGACCACAUCCUGCCCCUGAUGACAGACCGGACGAGCGCAACUGACGCGGUAGCCGCUGUUGUCGCGCACGGGAUCAUCCUACAAGUCAUAUGGGCGUGUCUGGCCGACCUCUUCGACGCGAGUUCCUUCAACAUAGCCCAGGAGAUGGGCGGGGACGGAGAUUACAUGCAUCCCGUGUGGUCAAACACCGGCGUCAUGGAGCUGGAUAUUAGACCCAGUGGUCCGCCUCAGGAGAUGGUGUGCCAGAAUACAGUCCAGCCGAUUGUUAACCCGCCCUGGGUUUUGACGCAGGCCGUGCAGCCUACUCCACCUGGUGGCAAGAAUCCCCCGCUGAAGGGGUGGUCCGUUACCAUUCUCUCGAUGGAUAGUUUGGAUCAUCUCGAAGCCGUGAGCGAGCAGGAGCUAAAUCCCGCAAGAUCGGGGAGGUUGGAGAGGGAUGCCGUGCAUGGGCCUAGGGAGGGGAGUAUGGAUGAGUUUUUUCGGUUGAUGGGGACGGCCUGA